AUGUCGUCUCUCUCGCGCUUCUUCUCCUUACCGCGCCGAGGGUCUGAGGGGCCAGUCGGGUCAGCAGAUAACGAAGAGGACAGAGACACCGAGAAAGUGCCUUCAAAGUCGGAAGAAAAUGAAGGGUUGGACAUCAAGGAGACUGAAGCGAUACCUGACCAUGACCCUGACCUCAAUCCCGGAGAGCUGACGUUUGAAGAGGAUACUGCUGGAGGAAUGGGCCGUCACCUCGGUGUAUUCAGUUGCACGCUCCUCAUUGUUGGUCGUGUGAUUGGUACGGGCAUCUUCUCCACGCCUUCGUCGAUCCUGAAUUCGGUCGGUUCGGUGGGCGCGUCUCUGAUGCUCUGGGUGCUUGGUUUCGUGUUGUCGUUCUGCGGGUUGUUCAUCUGGCUCGAGCUCGGCACCAUGUUUCCCCGCUCAGGCGGAGAGAAAGUGUAUCUCGAGGCUGCGUAUCCGAAGCCGAAGUAUCUGGCAACGGUCAUUUUUGCUGCGAACGCGAUUCUGCUGGGGUUCACUGCGUCGGGAUGUAUCGCAUUUGCGAGCAAUAUCCUGGUAUCUGCAGGGAAAGAGUCAACGCAAUGGGCCAGUCGCGGCAUUGCUCUAGGAGUCAUCUUCUUCGUGACCAUCCUGCAUGGCCUGACUCCAAGGCUCGGAAUCUUAAUCAUGAAUAUCCUCAGCGUGUUCAAGAUCUUUAUCUUGCUCUUUAUUGUCGUCACAGGCUGGGUUGUAUUAUCCGGCCGCACAAGAGUCAAAGAUCCCCAUGCAAACUUCAGAAACGCGUUUGCCGGCAGUUCUCACAGCAGCUACGAGUACGCUACUGCAACGUUCAAAGUGCUCUUCGCGUAUGCUGGGUGGUCAAAUGUCAAUUAUGUGCUCAACAACGUCCGGGACCCCAUCAGAACGCUGAAGAUCGCCGGACCUCUUGGUCUUGGGAUCUGCACUAUCUUUUACCUCUUAGCGAAUGUCGCUUACUUCGCGGCUGCAACGAAGGAGGAGAUCGCGAGUAGCGGUGUAACGGUCGCGUCGUUGUUCUUCAAAAAGGUAUUCGGUACCGAAGCCCAGAAGGCAUUGACGGUCUUCGUUGCGUUGAGUGGAUUGACUAUCCUUAACUUCACUUCACAUCGCAAUCACAGAAAUGUCAUUACAGUGACUUUUGCUGCGUCUCGUAUCAACCAGGAACUCGCGAAAGAGGGUAUCCCGCUUCCCUUCGGCAACCGCUUCUGGGCGUCCAAUUGGCCCACAGGCAAGACACCUCUACCCGGGCUGAUCAUCCACCUGAUCCCUUCCGUCAUCAUCAUCCUUGGGCCACCACCAUCGGUGGCAUAUCCGUUCAUUCUCGACGUAGAGGGAUAUCCAGGCCAGAUCAUCAACUUCUUCGUCGUCAUUGGACUGUUCUGGCUGAGAUGGCAUAAACCACACGCGGUGCGGCCGUUCAAAGGCAAGUUACAAACUUUCUAUUUCUACGGAUUUUCGUUGACGAAGCUCGUCGCUCUAGUGUGGCUGCCUUUCGCCGUGUUUUUCCUUGCAGCGGCAGUGUUCCUUAUCGUCGCUCCAUUCCUGCGCCCCCCAGGCGGUGUCGGCGACACUCCCCCGCUGCCCUACUACCUAUAUUGUCUCGUGGGCAUCGGGGUCAUGUUCGUGGGCGUGCUGUACUGGGCCGCAUGGCGGGUCGUCCCGCGGUGGUUUGGAUACGAGUUCGUGCCUCGAAAAGACACCCUUACAGACGGGACAGUGGUCACGUUGUUUUCAAGCAAGAAGAUUGAGUAG